CGCAGGUAGAUAUUUGGACACACACCUGCGGACAUUAUCGCCAGUGCUGCACUGUAUCUCUAUAUACAAAGACUCCUCUCUCUCAUCUAUUUUCCCUCCAAACUCCUCCAUUCUCUCUCUCCUCUAUUCUCACUCUAUCUCUCCAAACUACUUUCCACUAUGACAGAAGGGACAAUGGAACUGGGUGACAUUGGGACAUCCCUGAUGGCAUCAGACUCUAAGAAAGCACCGGUCCAGCCUCCCAACAAGUUUGAGCGCCUGGUCCAGCCGUGUCUGGCUGAGCUGGUGGGGACCAUGUUCUUUGUGUUCAUCGGCUGUGUGUCGGUCAUAGAGAACGUGGAGGCAGCAGGGAGGCUGCAGCCAGCUCUGGUCCAUGGUCUGGCUGUGGCAGUCAUGGUGGCUUGCAUGGCAGAGAUCAGCGGCUCCCAUUUUAACCCACCGUUUACCAUUGCUAUCUACCUGUGUGGAGGCAUGAAGCUGAAUAUGGUGGGGCCCUACCUCGUCAGUCAGCUCAUAGGGGGUGUGCUAGGUGCUUCCAUGUCAAAGCUGAUGACCACAACAGAGAACUACUCCAAGGCCCAGGGGGCAGCGUUUGCCCUGCUGCAAUCACAAGAUCAGCUGUGGGGGGCUCUGUUUGGAGAGAUAGCCAUGACCUGCCUGGUCACCAUGGUGGUGCUGCUGGGGGCGGUCAACGCCAAGAGUAGCAGCCCCAUGGUUCCCUUCAUGGUGGGCUGUACUGUCAUCAUCAACAUCCUGGCUGGUGGAGAUGUGUCUGGAACCUGUCUGAACCCGGCCAGAGCCCUGGGUCCUGCUAUAGUGGCCGACUACUGGACCUACCACUGGGUUUACUGGGUAGGACCCAUCACUGGUGGACUGGUGGCUGCUGCACUGGUUAGACUACUGCUUGGAGACCGGAAGACACGUAUUCUCAUGAAGUAAUACCACAUAUCGAGUUGACAGGUCUGAGAUUACCAUUGUUGUUACAUACAGUACCAGUCAAAAGUUUGGACACACCUACUCAUUCAAGGGUUUGUCUUUAUUUUUACUAUUUUCUACUUUGUAGAAUAAUAUUGAAGACAUC